AUGUCCUCCCAGCACAAGAUCCCAAAGGAGCAGUGGGCUCAGGUCAUUGAGAAGGUCGGCGGCCCUGUCGAGUACAAGAAGAUUCCCGUGCAAGAGCCAGGUCCAGGCGAGGUCCUCGUCAACAUCAAAUAUUCUGGUGUCUGCCACACAGAUCUGCACGCCGUGAACGGAGACUGGCCCAUCCCAACCAAGCUGCCCCUUGUUGGUGGCCACGAGGGUGCCGGUAUCUGCGUGGCCCGCGGACCCGGUGUCACUGACGAAGAUUGCAAGAUCGGCGAGGCCGUCGGCGUGAAAUGGCUUAACGACUCCUGCCUGUCUUGCACUUUCUGUCAGCAGGCGGAUGAGCCUCUGUGCCUGACACCAAAGCUCUCUGGGUACACAGUCGAUGGAUCCUUCCAACAAUACUGCAUUGCAUCAGCCAAGCAUGUCGCACAUAUCCCCGAGGGUGUCCCGCUUGAUGAGGUAUCUCCCAUCCUCUGCGCCGGUAUCACUGUGUACAAAGGUUUGAAGGAGUCGGGUGCUCGUCCAGGUCAGACCGUCGCUAUUGUUGGUGCUGGAGGCGGGUUGGGCUCUUUGGCACAACAGUACGCAAAGGCAAUGGGUCUUGAGGUCAUUGCCAUCGAUUCGGGAGAUGAGAAGAAGGCUAUGUCAGAGAAGAUGGCAUUCGUGGACUUCGCCAAGUCGAGCGACAUCACCAAAGAUGUGAGAGCUGCAACAAAGGAUGGUCUCGGCCCCCAUGCCGUCAUCCUCGUCGCCGUAAACGAGAAGCCCUUCCAGCAAGCCGCCGAAUAUGUCCGCCCAAGAGGCACGGUCAUCGUCAUUGGCCUGCCAGCUGGUGCACAUAUUAGAGCACCAGUCUUUGAGUCUGUGCUCAAGAUGGUCCGCAUCCAAGCCUCAUACGUUGGCAAUCGACAGGAUUCAGAGGAGGCUCUCGCAUUCUUCGCACGUGGUCUCAUCCACGCACCCUUCAAGACGAUCGAGCUCAAGGAGUUGCCGAAGGUGUACGAGCUCAUGCACGCAGGCAAGAUCACGGGUCGCUACGUCCUCAAGAUGCCAGACCCAGAGGUGUAG